AAUUCAUUCCUAAACCUGAAGAUACUACGAUAUUGCUAUUCCAAACAGUAAAGGUGAGUUCUUCUAUUGUUAAAGCAGAGGAGAUAUCAGAUAUAUCUAAUGCUUUUAUUGUCAAUUAUAAGACUGCUAAAUUAUUGGAGAAUAAACCAAAGAAGACUUUAGAAGAGAUGCGCUUUUUAGACCAGUAUCAUAUUGUGGAUUGCUAUUGA